AGAUGAUGUACUUAAAAAACAUCAGCAGAGAUUGUGAGAGCCUUUUCAUGUGGUAAGACCAACACUGUUUUAAAAGCAUCAAGUAACUCAUUUUCUUCAUCUUCCUAUAACCUUGGCAAUCUGAGUUUCCAUGAACACUGACUACAUUAACUUAUCCACAAAUUUCUUCAUCUCCUAAACUUUGGCAAUCUGAGUUUGAUUUUUAAAGUAUAGGGGCCAACCGGCCAUUUACAAGUAGUGGUGGUCUAUUUAGAAAUAACAUAGAAAUAUAGGUGAGUUUUUCUGAGUUUUCUUCAGAGGCUAUUUCCAAAUAUAGAAACUUUACAUUUUCAUGCAUUUCUCCAAUCAAUGUGAGCUCUAAAGACAGAACAGAGUUUGGUGAGUAGGGUUUUAAUAUUAUUGUCUUUGAUUCUCUUCUCUCCAACUUAGGGUUCUUGAACAAUGUCUCAUCUUUUCCGCCGAGUCUCCAAGAACCUAUCAUCAUUCCCAACCCGGAGCCUCUCUUCCCGGCGGUCCAAUUUCUCGACGGCGACACCACCUUACCUCCUCCUCGGCAGCGACAUCGUCGGAGACUCUCCCUGCGGCGGUAAACUCGUCAACUUUAACCUCUACGAUCCCAAGACUCAAAAGCACGUAAAGAUCGAAAACCAGACUCUAACAAAAGAGCUCAACGAAUCUAAGUGGAUAGGCUCAUCAAGAGGAUGGUUAGCUUCAAUGAACAAGAAUGACUCCACUGUCCAUCUCUCCAACCCCUCGAAGAAGAAGACCAUAUCCUUACCUCCACUAACCAGAGACAAGUUCGAACAUCUUGUCAAUGUCUCCGUCUCCUCCUCUGACUGUUGUGUAGUCGCCGUCAAGUUCUACGGCUCUCGAGUCAGCCUUUGUCGACUCGGCGACUCGGAGUGGACUCGCGUCGACGUGCCUUGCCCAUCUUUUCACUCUUCUACUGUCAUUUACUCGGAGAGAGACGAGAGAUUCUACUUGAACAACUGCAACCCUGACUACACCGGUCCAACCGAUCUCACGCCAACAUCAAAUCCCGGUUUACUCACUCCGGUUAGUGGCUACAUGAGGUUUCCCUUCUCUAACUUUCUAGAGGAGAUGCCAGAGCAGGAGGAAGAAACGUGUCUCUCACGUUUCAAGAUCCAACAGCAACUAGUCCAGUCAUCUUCUGGCCAAUCCUUCAUCGUUUGUUGGUUUGUGGAAAGAUUUACAGACAGAGGUGAAGCUGCGCCGUGGGGAGACACGAGUUACAACAACAACAACAAGGAAGGCCUUUGCAAGAAGACUCACAAGAUCAUGGUCUUUAGGCAAGACGAAGAGCAAAGGCUUGGUCCUCACACUGAUGAUAUUGGCGAUCUCUGCAUUUUCUUGGGUGACAAUGAAGCUUUUUGUCUCUCUGCCAAGGACUACCCUGGUCUUAACCCUAAUUCGGUUUACUUUGGCGGCCAUGGUUCCGGUUUUGGGAUCUGCGAUCUCGCAACUCGCACCAUCUCUUAUCUCUCCGACUCUCCUCCACCAUCAGGUCGCAUGUUUUGGAUUCCUCCCAGCUCCGCAUAGGAGCUAGAUGAAGGCAGUUAGGUUGUUUUUUUCAUGUGGUUGAUUUGGUGUUUUGAACUUAUAUCUUUCUAAUUUAUUAGGACUUCUGUGUCAUCGUUUUGACAAACAUCACUGGUUGUCGAAAUAUGGUUUCAUUAUUAAAUUUAUUAUUAGUCCUAGUAAUAGUAUUGCUUUUCAAAGAAAGGUUAACCCCUUUUUAUUGAUAUUGUGCAUUCCAUUUUUCAACUUUCGGAUAUUGGAUUCAAGAGGAUUCCAUUUCUCAGCUAUUCCAUGUUACCAGCUAGUGACUUGGUUAAAGUCAUCCAGAUGGUUGCAUGGUUUAAACUAAGCUAUUGAUAAGUUAUAAAAUUAUCAUCCAAAUGUUUAGUUGAUUUGAUUAUCAAGCGAGAUAAGGUCAUAUAUAUGUGAGUGUUUCCGCACUUAUGAUUUUAAGCUAUGCCCCUUGAGGGCUCAUAGUGGCUAAAUGGUUAUUUCCUCUGUUGUGAUGUGUUCUUCGGUUCAGCUUAAUCUCUCGGUUUGUAUGUGAUUACCGGUUUAGCAGCUGUGACCUGGUUGAAGAUGAGAAGCGAGACGGUGACGGUUUGGAGGAGAAUCUUCUAAUGGGCUUCGGGUUUGUUAAACCCACAAUAUAACCCAAAGUGGUAGAGUUCUUAAUCUGUGUACGAUAACAAAUUUAUUAUAUUAAUUAAUGUGUAAUAUCUCUGAACCCUGAUUAUUAUUAUUAACACAUAUAGUGUUUUCUUUUACUUUUUCUUUCUUAGAUAACAUCCCAUUUUCGAACAUAGAAACUCGAAAACCAAAACUAAAAAUGUAAUAAGUAAAAAACUUUAUUUGGUCAAAGGUGAUCCUUCUGAAACACUCACUCAUUGCAUGUGUCAAUAUCCGAUCAUCUGGUUCAACUAUUGAAAGUCUUUUAUAUUAUCUUUAAAAUAUGUAAUCCUUAUUAUUUUAUACGGCAGUGUCACAGCGAAUAUCAGGUGUAACAACAGUCUUUGAUUUUCUGUAUCAUAAGAAUAUAUAUAUAUAUGUACAGUUCUUAAUUGCAUACACCAGAGCAAGUCUAUACCAAAGCAAGUCUACCCCAGAGGUCCGAAGGCAACUGCAUUAAAGUUAAUGAAGCUUCAUCAUAAGCGAUUAGGCGUCAAUUACACAUUGAUAUUUACUACUAUGAAUUUUUAAUAAAAUUUUGGGAUAAUACUUAUUACUACAACAACAACUUAGCAGUAGUACAUAAGAAGUUCUAAAUACGAUAGUGAUGCGUUUAUUUAAAAAUAAAAGUUCCACAGAAAAAAAAAAUAUUGUAAUAAGGAAAUAUAGCAGAUAUAUAUAACAAUAAAAUGAAAAUAUGUUGUAUGAAGGCAACAAUUAAAUAAGAAUAUUAACUAUAAGCUUUGUUAAAUAUUAAAGGUUGCUACUUCAUGACUCAUAGUGGUGAGGUUUCCUUUGUUGUAAUGUGGUCUUGAAUUCAGCUCAGUGUCUCGGUUUGUUUAUGAUGUCCGGUUUAACAGUUGUGCUAGGUGAGUAAUAAGUGAAAACAUUUGUGGUUUUCUUCAUAAAUUAGAAAACCAAAACUAAAAAUGUGACAAGCAAAAAAGUUUUCUUUGUUCAAACAUAAUUCCUUUUGGAACACUCAUUUUCAUAGUGUCACUAUCAGAACAUAUAUUUACUUGUUAUUAAAAUUUUAUUCUUUAUUUAUUUAAAAAGAUCAGUUUGGUGAAAUUAGUAUCCGUUGUGCUUGUUAUUAAUUGUUAGCAGAUCCACCAGCUGCAUCAAAGAGGUGACGCUAAAUUAAUGUUUGUUCGUGAUGUCCGGUUUAGCAGCUGUGAGCUGGUUGAAGAUAAGAAAGUGAGACGUGUCGUUUUGGAGGAGAAUCUUCAAUGGUCUAAUAGGCUUCGGGUUUGUUAAAACCCCACAUCUAACCCAAAGUUAUAGAGUUCUUCUUAAUCUGUGUAUGAUAACAAGUUUAUAAUAUUAAUAUGUAUUAUCUCUAACCUCCGACAAUUAUAUUAUUAACACAUAUAUAAAGUUUUUUUUUCCUGGGAUAACAUCCCAUUUUCAAACAUAGAAGAAACUAGAAAACCACAACUAAAAAUGUAAUUACUCAUUAAGUAAAGACUUUCUUUGGUCAAAGACUCAAAGGUCUUUAUAACACUUAUUGCAUGAGUGUCAGUAUCGGGUCAUCUGGUAUAAUAAUCUUUUAUAUUGAUCUUAUAAAAAUAUGUAAUCCAUAUUUUUAUACGGUAGUGUCACAGAGAAUAUCAGAUGUAACAACAGCUUUGAUUUUGUGUAAGUUAUAGUCAUUUGUUUUAUCUGGUAGUAUCAUAAGAAUAUAUAUCUGUACAUGUAAAUUUUACGUACAGUUCUUAAUUGCGUACACCAGAGUAAGCCUAAACCAGAGGCCGGAGGCAACUGCAUUAAAAGUUAAGGAAGCUUCAUCAUAGGCGUCGACAUUAGCCAUUGAUAUUUAUUCCUAUGAAUUUUUUAAAAACAUUGGGAGAAUACUUAUUACUACAACAACUUAGCUUGUAGUACAAAAGAAGUUGUAAAUUCGACAAUGAUGCGUUUAUUUAAAAGUGAAAGUUCCACAGGAAAAAAAGCAAUACUAUUGUAAUGAGGAAAUAUCGCAGAUAUAUAUUAACAAUAAAAUGAAAAUACGUUGAAAUAAAGGCAACAAUGAAAUAAGUAUUUUAGCUAUAUAAGCUUUGUUAAAAUAAUAAAGGUUGAUACUUCAUGACCCUAUUCAUGACUCAUAGUGGUGAGAUUUCCUUGGUUGUAAAGUGGUCUUGAAUUCAGCUCAAUGUCUCGGUUUGUUUAUGAUGUCUGGUUUAACAGUUGUACUAGAUGAGUAAUAAGUGAAAACAUUUGUGGUUUGGUUCAUAGAUUAGAAAAACCAAAACUAAAAAUGUGGCAAGUAAAAAGGUUUUCUUUGGUCAAACAUAAUCACUUUUUGAACAUUUUCAUAGUGUCACUAUCAAAACAUAUAGUUACUUUUUUUUAUUUUUUUUUAUUUUUUAUUUUUUAAAGAUCAGUCUGGUAAAAAUACAGGAUCCGUUGUGCUUGUUAUUAAUUGUUAGCAGAGCCAGCUGCACCAAAAAGGUGACGCUAAAUUAAUGAAUUAAUGUUUAUUUAUUACUUAUUAUUAAUUGUUUUUUUGGUGUAAAUUGUAAAUAAAUUGUAUCCGUUGUGUUUGUACAUAAAUUGUAAAUACGACAAAGAUAUGUUCUGCGAUAAUACGAUUUGUGUUCGUGUUUGUUAUUUCAAAAACUGAUGACAUGACAAAAUAAUAAAGAAAUUAACGAGUUCUCAUUUUUAGUUUUAUGUUAUUUCAUGACUUUUGUUAUUCUAUUCGGCAUUUUGUUUUCAGGUACUUCAGUGAUCAAACAUAGAUCAUAUAAUAAAAGGAGAUAGCUGCUAUCAUAUAUAUAUAUAUAUAUAUAUGAGUGUGGGAUAGGUUUUUAAUAAAUACAAAAAAGCAAAUUAAAACGCUAAAAAGACCUAUCUAGUGCCAUAUCUUUAGGCUACUCAUUAUAUAUCUGCCUUGAUUAUAGUAAUAUCGGUACAUUGAAACUAUUAAAAAUAACGAAAAUACUUAUAUGAAUGAUUUAUUUACCAGACCAGAAGCAAUAGAAGAUUCUACGGUCUACACACAUAAUGCAUGUCUGGCUAAGAGAGAACAGAGACGUAAAAACAUAUAAAUGCAGAGCAGAAAAAAAAUACAAAGCUUACUAGUUUUAGAGUUUUCAAAGGCUCUGACUUGAGUCUUACACCAUUUCCGAUUGUGGCAAUGGUAGCCACCACCGGUUCUGUCAUUUGUCUAUAUAAGAAGGGGGAUGUAUUGCUUGACAAAGGGUAGUUUCAUACACACACACAGAUUUUAAAUUCUUCUUGAGAUAUAAUGAGGAGAGUGAUCAUGAAACUUGAGGGUAGAGGCUUUGGUGGUCGGCCAUUGGUCACAGCUCGACCUCCUACACCGGACGGCCGGACUAGGGAGGAGAGACGCACGGACAGGGAGAUGUGGCGCCAAGGAUUUAGGGGAGACAAAGAUGAGCUCUCUGACUGGUCUUCGGAGGACGAGGAUGAUGAUGAGGAAGACGGUGGCGAUGAGGAAGGCGGAGAGAAGGAAGGUGGAGAGAAGGAUGGCGGUGAGCAGGACGGCGGAGAGAAGGACGGCGGUGAGCAGGACGAUGACAAAGCACCGAAGAAGUAGUAAGUAUCCGUGGAGUCCGAGUGUGUUAUUUUCUUUAAUGUUAUUUUAAAUUCCCUAAAAAAAUGAAGCUCUGUGAGAGAGAGUUUUAUGUCUAGCAUCUGCUUUUAUUUCUUCUUCAGUUUCUCUUUUGUGUGUUGUUUGUUAAAAUGUUGAUGUUGCUAGCUUUCCUCGGACCCCUACUUAACUUAAAAAAACGAAGUCUUAGUUACUUCUUGUGUUCUUUCUUUUAUCAUGUCUUAAUAGUUAGACAUAGUUCGGUUCAUUGCUAAACACGUGUUGUGACUAAUUCUAGAACUGGGGAAAAUGCAAGAAUACUCAUGUUUAUUAAAUCUUCCAGAGCAUUCAUAAACAUUAUCCACAAAAUGUAAAAGAAUCUCACAGUUGAUAAUGUUUCCACAGUUCAAAAGAGCACCGUUGCUUGAUAUGCAAGCCACUAACUCAACUCCUCUGCUAUCAGGCAAUAUUUAAAACUAAACACAGAACAUACCAGAAGUAUGUUUCUCUAGAGUAAAUUGACAUACAUUCGAAGUCACUAAAAGAACAGUAACACACUCAAAGAUUAGAUUACGAAAAGAAACAAAAAAAAAAACAGAAGCAAAUUAACCC